AUGUUUGAAUUUGAUUAUUUAAAUACGCCAACUGAGCAUGCUAAUAGUGAUAGUAGAAAGAAGAUUGUGGUAAUUGGAGGUGGGAUUAUCGGUACAUGUGUUGUGUAUUAUUUAACAAAGCAUCCCAAAUUCGAUCCAGAAAAAUACCACAUUAUAAUUUUGGAAUCUACAGAAGUGGCAGGGGGUGCAUCAGGUAAGGCUGGUGGUCUAUUAGCAUCUUGGGCAUUUCCUGAAGAAAUUGUACCUUUAUCUUUUGAAUUGCAUCAGCAAUUAAGUGAUCUUUAUAAUGGUAGUGAAGAAUGGGGCUAUAGAAGAAUAAAUACAUUAUCUUUGGAAGCUACAGCAGUCGAGGAAGAUGCUGAAGACAUCACCGAUACUAAGAACACGAAUAGUGAGAAUAGCGAUGAGGUGAGUAUUGAUAAUGCCAAGGAAGAUGACGGCAUCUUUAUGAAUCUUGAUCAGUCUGGCCUUCCAAAAGAUUUGCAAUGGAUUGAUAGAAAAAAAGUGAAAGAAUGGACAUCACUUGGUAAUACUGGUUCCACUGCUCAAGUGCUACCAUAUAAAUUUACAACUUUCAUUUUAAAUGAAGCUUUGAAAUCAGAUUCAGUUGAUUUAAUCAGAGGUAAACUUAGUAAUAUUAAUUUAGGUGAUGAUGGUGUUGUGAAAUCGAUUGAUUAUAUACAAACAAAUCCUUCAUUAGAUGGAAGAGGUGAAAUUAUAGAUAUUGAUAACAUUGAUAAAUUGGUUUUAGCAAUGGGUCCUUGGACUAGCAAAAUAUUAUUAGAUUGUCCCAUUUCUGCCUUGAAAGCACAUUCGAUAAUCUUAAAUCCAGAUAGUGAAGAAAGGAUGGCAAAAUUUCAAGAAAUAUUGAAGCCAUAUGCAUUGUUCACGGAUUUAGAGUUACCAAACUUCCAGUCAUUUGCUCCAGAAAUAUACGCUAGAAAAGAAGAUCUUUAUAUUUGUGGAGAAGGUGAUUCUCUAGAAGAACUACCAGACGAUUUAUCUAAAGUAGAAGUGAACAAACAAAAAUGUGAUGAAUUAUUACAUUAUGCUAAAAAAAUCGUAUCUCCAAAAAUAUUUGAAAUGACCAAGAAAAAUAUAAUUCAAACUGCUGGCUACUUACCAGUUUUAAAUGUUGACACUACAUCUGGUCCUUUAAUCGGGGAGACUAAUGUUAAAAAUUUGCUUAUUGCAGGUGGACAUUCUUGUUGGGGUAUUAACAAUGCGCCAGUUACCGGUAAACUAAUGGCCGAAUUAAUAAUAGAUGGUGAAGUUACCGCUGCAAAUAUCUCAUCAUUAGAUCCAAGUUUGUAUUUUGAUGCUAGUAUACUUGAUUAA